AUGGUAUUUCGUCCAAAUUGCUCGUUGCCAGAAUCGGCUCCGAGCGGGUUUGUUUUAAGCCCAAACGUUCGCUCGACUACCGGUAUCGCCUGGAGCUGUGUGAGCAUUAUAAUCCUCUCCACCUGGUCUGUCCUCUUCCUCUCUGUACCGCCUGAUAUCAACACGACGGGCUUUCGCCAGGAAAUUCGAAGACAACUGUAUCUGGCAGGGCGAAAGCUAGCUGGUAUGUGCAUAAUGCUUGCAUUUCCAGAGCUUAUAACCGCCAAUUGUAUUGCAAACCUGCAUGUUGCUUGGAUCAACUGUGCUCAGCUUCGGCAAUGGGCUGAACAGGACAAUGUCCCCUGGUCCAUGGCUCAUACUCUUUUGGCCAAUAUUGGGGGCAUCGCUGUGCAAUUUUCAAACAUCGAUUGCGAGCAAGGUGUACCGAAACAGUGUUCAUUGCAAAGCCAUGAAGUCCCGGCAAUAGCUUUGAACACUACAGCCAGUAAUGAUAACAAGGGACCGGGUCGGGUUGAAAUCAAGUCAAAUGCAGAGCCAGACACAAGAUUUGCAUCCAAAUUAGAAUCUGCUGGAUCCCAAAAAUGCGAUCAGGAGAUUCUCAACAGCACAUUGAGCGUUAAAGAUAUCCCUAGCUUUCUGAAGGAUUUCCAACGGAAGCAACAACGACGACUGGAGGGACAUGGAGAAACCCCAUGGAGACCGUAUACACCACACCAAAUACUUGCCACAAAGGUUGCAAGCGAGAUGAAACUGAGUCAUGGUAACACCAGGGUGUACAACUCUCAAAAUAUUGCACCAUUGCAAGGCAAUAUCUGGAUUCUGGACGCUAAUCAACUGUGUCUUGCGCGGAGGCUUAACAUUAUCCGACAACUGCCUAGGAUCACGCCAAACGAAAUUGAUGACAGGAGCAAAAGCGAUGGCCUCAUGAGAUUCCUGGCAGUGAUGCAACUUUCAUGGCUCGCAGUUGAGCUCAUUGCCCGCGCGACAGGCGGCAUGCCCUCGGCAGCACUCGAAAUUAGCACGCUGGCUUUCGCCAGCAUGGCAUCAAUCAUUUAUGUCAUCGAGUGGCGGAAGCCAAAAGACAUUCGGGUUCCAUUCUAUGUGGAUGCAGACAGCAACAUUUCACAGACGGCAUUUGCACAGGUCGCUCAGGUAGCGCCUAUGCUCUACCCAACACCCAAUCGACACUAUUACAUGCCAACGUAUGUAAUACAUCAAGUCAUUGACAACAAGUAUUCUAAACGAUAUUUGGAUCGAAUUUAUAUGCUGUUCAGUGCCAUUUGUACCUCUAUAUUCGGUGGAAUUCACCUUUUUGCUUGGAAUUUCCCCUUUCCCAGUCACAUCGAGACGGUUCUUUGGAGAACUUCUGCCUUGAUAGUUGUCGUUGUUCCCAUUUUCAGCGUUCUUUCCAUUGCGAUUGAGAGUAUUCUGAGCAACCAUACGUCGCAAAAGACAUGGAAAUGGCCCGCCAUGGCACUUACACCCAUCUACUUAGCUUCUCGGAUUUACAUCAUGGUGGAGAGCCUCCGCUCGCUUUAUUAUCUUCCACCUGAAGCUUUGGCUGCUACUUGGGCGCAGGAGGCUCCACAUCUGUGGUGA